AGUUCUGUGACUCUUCCGCUGCAGCCUAGCGACCGCAGAACUCUGAACUAGGCAGAAGGAAAGGCUGAUGGAAAGCAGUAUCCCACAAAGACCCAAAUGACACUUGAGAGAACGAUCUCCUUCAGAAGCAAGAGCCACAUGGCACACCUGUGAGUCCCAGGACCUGCCAACCUGAUGAAAACAGGCCAGUGGAGCCUACAUCGUGACUUGUUGCUUUUGCUGCUGUGAACCAUCUCAUCUUCCCAUCCUUUCGGAGAAGCCUGAGACAAUGAGGAGCAGCCUCACCCUGGUAGGCACCUUCUGGGCCUUCCUGUCCCUAGUUACUGCUGUGGCAAGUUCUACCAGUUACUUCCUUCCUUAUUGGCUGUUUGGAUCACAGCUAGGGAAGCCAGUCUCUUUCAGCACAUUCAGGAGAUGCAACUAUCCCGUGCGAGGAGAUGGGCACAAUCUGAUCAUGGUGGAAGAAUGUGGGCGCUAUGCCAGCUUCACUGCCAUACCAAGCCUGGCAUGGCAGAUGUGUACAGUGGUGACAGGUGCCGGCUGUGCGCUGCUACUCCUGGUGGCACUGGCUGCUGUCUUAGGAUGCUGCAUGGAGGAACUCAUCUCUAGAAUGAUGGGGCGUUGCAUGGGAGCUGCACAGUUUGUAGGAGGGCUGCUGAUAAGCUCAGGCUGUGCAUUAUAUCCUUUAGGAUGGAACAGUCCGGAGGUAAUGCAAACAUGUGGGAAUGUCUCCAAUCAAUUUCAGUUAGGAACCUGUAGACUUGGCUGGGCCUAUUACUGUGCUGGGGGCGGAGCUGCUGCAGCCAUGUUGAUAUGUACCUGGCUCUCUUGUUUUGCUGGAAGAAAUCCCAAGCCAGUCAUGUUGGUGGAGAGUAUCAUGAGGAAUACCAAUUCUUAUGCCAUGGAGCUUGAUCACUGCCUCAAACCUUAA